AUGCUCCAAUACCCCACCGCAUCACUGUGCCAUCCGCAGUCCACACCCUCUCUGCUCCUCGUGCACUCAAUGCCCGCGUUGCACUACGAGGUGUUGCGGGGGGCAGUGGGAACAGGGGCGCAUGUGCGAGAUGCAGCAGCGUAUGUGUUCUGGGCAUCGCCCACUCCUUCUCACCGGCCGUCGCUGCUGCCUCCCUGCAACAGCUUUGCCCUCCCCUCCUUGCCGUUGCGUGGUGUGACCGCCAGGUGGGCUGCUGUGACCGCCAGGUGGGCUGCUGUGACCGCCAGGUGGGCUGCUGUGACCGCCAGGGGGGCUGCUGUGACUGCCAGGUGGGCUGCUGUGACCGCCAGGGGGGCUGCUGUGACUGCCAGGUGGGCUGCUGUGACCGCCAGGUGGGCUGCUGUGACUGCCAGGUGGGCGGCAGCAGCGGCCUUCCAGGAGGUGGUGGGUCGCUUUGGCUGCAUCUCCGACGCCCACCACCCGAGGCACACCCCAUGCCUCCACCAGAGGAGCUGGCCAAGGAGUCCCGACCCCCCCUUUCGCCACGGAGCCCUUCUCGCCACUGCUGCCCUCCUGCCACCCCUCUCCGCAUCCUCUCCCUCCUGUGCCCUCACAGGCACCCUCUCCUCCCUCACCUCCUCUCUCCCGAGUCUCCUCGCCCCGCGCUCCUUCCGAGGGCGCCUAGCAGCAGAUCUCAAGGUGGCCUGCUGCCGCCUGCUCUCCGCGCUCGCUGCUGCACUGCCCCGCGCACACCUGCCGCCCCUGCCCGUGCCUGCUCUCACUGCUGCCACUGCGUGCCUGCAUGACAUGCUGGCUGGUGAUGGGGGCGAGCUCCAGUGUGCACGGGCGCGCUUUGUCUCAUUGGUGCAGGAGGCAGCAGCAGCAGCCCUGUGGGACCUCGCUCGCUCCCAGCUCUUCCCUGCCUGCACGCACCUCGUGCACCAGAUAGUCACCUGCCAUGCAGCGACUCUGGAGUCUACCAGCUCAGCAGCGAGCGUGGGGGGCGCAAAUACAGGGCAAGAGGACGGGGAGAGACAUGGGGGGACGGAGGGGAGAGGGGGUGAGGGAGGGGUGGAUAAGGGUGAGAUGUCAAGGUACGAGCUGGCGGAGCGGGUGGUGAAGGCGCUGUGUGCUGCUGCCACCAACAAUCGGGGGCGUCGUGCCGUGUCUGACGUGGCAGUGCGGGCAGCAGCCGUGGAGGCACUGGGUAAUGCAGCCAGCAUCAUUCCCCUCCUGCAGGCCGGCGGGGCAGGCGCAAGGGGGCACGCAGGGACAGGUGGGGGAGCCGGGACACAGGUGGGGGAGGGGGAGAAGGAGGAGGUUGAGCUGAGAAGGCAGCGUGGUUUGGUAGGGCUUGGGUGGUGGGAGGAGGGGGGGGAGAGUGUGGUGGGUGCGUUGCUGCGAGCAGCACAGGACUACACGGAGGACCAGCGGGGCGAUGUGGGCCGCCUUGUGAGGGAAGCUUCUAUGAAAGCACUGGUGGGAUGGGUGGGAGAAAUGUACAGGUUGAGAGAGGUGGGAGAAGGUGAUGUGGGGGAUGGAGGGGGUGCAGCAGAGGCGAGUCUCCCACAUGGCGUGCCUAGCCCUGCUCUGCCAACAACACACGACGCCUCUUCCCAGCAGCAGCGAUACAUUGGGAUGCGGGACUGGUGCAGAGCGGUGGCAGGGCGGGUGGUGGGUGUGCUGAUGAAGCAGGCGGGGGAGAAGAUUGACGGCACACGCGAGGUGGCAGGGCAGGGGCUGCAGCGGCUGCUGUGGGGAGGGAAGCACGGUGCAGUGAUGGUGGGGAUGCGAGAGACAAGAGAGGAAGCAUGGACAGGAGAGGCAGUUGAGACAUGUGGAGCUGGUGGCAGCACGCUGGGGACAUCAGGUGGAGGCGAGGAGGGGAGGGAUGGAGGAGGUUCUGUGAGGCAAUGCGUGGGCGGCAGGGCGGAAGGGAGCGGUGUGUGCAGGGAUGUGGAUGGGUGGGAGCAGCUGAGGCAACAUGUGCCCUCUGACCCUCACUUUGCAUGGAAGAAUCCCGCGGCUGUCUUUCCACGCCGCCUCACUGCUGCUGCUCCCCGCCUACCGCCUGCCUCUGCUAUCGGGGCUGCUGCUCUCCGCGGGCGCUCUCUCUCACUCCCUCACCGCUGCCUCCCUGCGCGCCCUGCUCUCCCUCAAACAAGCACUGGGGGCACAGGGGGGCACGAGGGAGGCAGGAGAGGGGGGUGGGGGCAGGCAGUGGGAGGAGGUGCAGGGGCGGAUAGCAGAGGAUGUGGUGGUGCUGCUGAGGCGGCACCGCAAGCAGACCCGGGUCAUAAUUCUGCGAUUGCUGCCCUGCUUCAGGCCGAGUUCUUCGGGUCACUAUCAGCUGACAGCCCAGCUUCAGACGAGCAUUGCCCUGCCCUCGCAGCCUAUUCCCGCCACCACCCCCCUGGCGGCUCUACCCGGGGCGCUGGUGGAGGGAUAGGAGGAGGAGCUGUGCCGCCCACAGCCCACGGCAUCGGUGCCCAAGAUGCUGGGAGCCGUCGACCUGCUCUGCCACCUCGUCGCCCCCCUCUGCUCCGCUUGCCGCCACGCCCUCUCCACGCUCCUCUGGCUGAUCGCCGUGCGCUUCCCCACUGUGAGUUCACCUCAUAG